UGUACUGUUCUCCCGGUGGACGUCCCGAAGAGUGACAUCAGGAGACGUCGGCUGCUGCAGAAUAAUAGUAAUUUUCCAAGUUUUCCAGCAAAAUUCGCUGCAAAAGUAACUUGUACAAGCUUUUCAGACGUUGUCAGGAGGGACAGAAUGACCAUGCAUGAACUGUCGUGGACUAUGCAUUCCAAAUAAGCUACGAUCUGCUUGCGAUGUCUUUGGCAUGUCGUGUUUUAUCGGCUUGUGGGAGGGCGAGGUUGCAGAAAUUUUGUAAAAUCAGCGGAAUUUCUUCUAUUUCUGCCUACAACAGACUUGUCAUCCCUAUUGCCAGUCAAAAUAGCGUUGUCUUCAGACAGACUCCUCUGACAGCUGUGAGAACCAUGGCAACGGGCGGGGCAUCAAGUUCUGGUUCCCGGAAGGGUGGGAAGCACAAGAACCGGCUGGCUGAGGAGAAGUCCCCUUACCUGCUGCAACACUGCCACAACCCUGUGGACUGGUACCCAUGGGGAGAAGAUGCUUUUAAGAAGGCUAAGAAAGAGAACAAGCCCAUUUUCUUGUCAGUUGGUUACUCUACGUGCCAUUGGUGCCAUGUGAUGGAAAGGGAGUCAUUUGAGAGUGAAGAAGUGGGGAAGAUCAUGAACGAACACUUUGUUAACGUCAAGGUGGACCGUGAAGAGAGACCUGAUGUAGACAAGGUCUACAUGUCCUUUAUACAGGCCACCAGUGGAGGUGGUGGUUGGCCGAUGAGCGUAUGGUUGACCCCUGACCUGAAGCCCAUCGCUGGAGGAACGUACUUCCCACCCAAGGACCACAUGGGCAGACCAGGAUUCAGCACCAUCCUUACAAGAAUUUCUGAACAAUGGAAAAACAACAAGGACAAGUUGAUCCAGCAGGGAAACAUGGUGAUAGAUGCCCUGAAGGAGCUGUCUGUGUCGGCUGUGGACAGCACUGCCACCCUGCCUGGACAGGAGAGUGUGAAGAAAUGCCUGGACCAACUGGACAACUCGUAUGAUGAGGAGUUUGGAGGGUUUGGGCAUGCACCAAAGUUUCCUCAGCCAGUGAAUUUCAACUUCCUGUUCAGAGUGUGGUCCAGCAUGAAGGGUACUCCCGAGGCCCAGAGGGCACUGGACAUGGCUUUGGAAACACUCAGGUUCAUGGCCAAAGGAGGCAUGUAUGACCACAUUGGACAGGGUUUCCAUCGUUACUCCACUGACCGCACCUGGCACGUUCCCCACUUUGAGAAGAUGCUGUAUGACCAGGGCCAGCUGGCUGUAGCCUACUGUGAUGCCUACCAGAUCACCAAGGACCCGAUCUUUGCUGACAUCGCUCGAGAUAUUCUGCUGUAUGUGUCCAGGGACCUCAGCGAUAGGCAAGGAGGUUUCUACAGUGCAGAGGAUGCCGACUCCCUGCCCAACCCUGGGCACAAGACCAAGAAGGAAGGCGCUUUCUGUGUGUGGGAAGCUGACGAGAUUCGCAACCUCCUGGGAGAGAAACUGCCGCACUACGAUGACAUGACCUUUGCUGACCUCUUUGCCAAGCAUUACAACAUCAACAGGAGUGGCAAUGUGGCAUUUGAUCAGGACCCACAUGGAGAGCUUGCUGGUAAGAAUGUCCUCAUUGUGCGAGGUUCCGUGGAGAACACGGCUAAAGCCUUUGGCCUGGAGGCGGCUCAGGUGGAGGAAGUGUUGGGCAAGUGUCGGGACAUCCUGUUUAAAGUGCGCAGGAAGAGACCACCCCCUCACAGGGAUGACAAGAUGAUCACAGCCUGGAAUGGUCUGAUGAUCUCAGGGUUUGCCCGUGCUGCGCAGGUGUUGGGAGAAGCCCAGUACCUGGACAGGGCUGUCAAGGCUGCCAAGUUUGUCAGGAAGAAGAUGUAUGAUGACAGCACGGGCAAACUUCUGCGCAGCUGCUACCACGACCCCGAGAUGGACCGUGUCACGCAAAUAGCCAACCCCAUUGACGGGUUUGCAGACGACUAUGCGUUCCUGAUCCGCGGGCUGCUGGACCUGUACGAGGCUUCUUAUAAUGAGGAGUGGGUGGAGUGGGCAGCACAGCUGCAGAGGAAACAGGAUGAGCUGUUCUGGGACAGCGAGGGGCUGGCCUACUUCACUGUGUCAGGAGCAGACCCUUCUGUACUCAUCAGGAUGAAGGAAGACCAGGACGGUGCAGAACCCAGUGCGAACUCUGUAUCUGCUGGGAACCUGUUGAGACUAGCCAGUUUCCAUGACGAUGAAGGAUGGAGGAACAAGUCUGUGCAGCUGAUGACGGCAUUCGGAGCCCGGCUUGCAGCCAUCCCCCUGGCCCUGCCGGAAAUGGUGUCUGCUCUCAUCUUCUACCAGCAGACACCCAAACAGAUCAUCAUUGCUGGAAAUCCAAGAGACCGGGACACCAAGGCCCUGUUACAGUGUGUACACUCCAGCUUCAACCCCAACAAGAUCCUCAUAAUUGCUGAUGGCAAGGAGCAUGGCUACUUGUACGAGAAACUCAAAGUUUUGAGCACACUCAAAAAAGUUGAUGGCAAAGCUACGGCAUAUGUAUGUGAGAACUACGCCUGCUCCCUUCCUGUUAAUACAGUGUUGGAACUGGAUGAAUUGUUAUCAAAGUGAUGCUAGUUAGAUAUUUAUGGAACCUGUCAACACUUUUGGACAUCAUUUUCAGAACUGACACUGAAUGGAUAGAGCAAGGCAGAGACAUGCUAAAGGAACAAACAAACAAACAAACUACAGUGCUUAUUGCUUGCUGGCUGCCUGUAAUGCCAAUGGAAUUCAAAUGUUUUGAGACAAGGUAGAAACAAGAAAUGAUUUAGAAGCAAAUUUCUGUAAAUAAAGAAAAUGUUUGGAUUAUUCAUUGAUAUUAUGUAUCUCUAGAAUCUUGAAUUGGUGUAGAAUUUGUUGAACAUUUGUUUAUUGUUGUGAAGGAUUGUUAUUUUCUAUGCAAGUAGAAACUUUGUGUGUUCAUUUAAAUGGACUAUAAAUAACAAAUGGAGAAUGAAAGCAUGAUUGAAUGUUACAUUUUCUGGAAGUUCUGUUUACUGAGCUACCAGUAUUAUAGCAGCUAAAUAUUCUAUUAUAGUGUUGUCUGGUUUAUUGGGGUCAUACAAUUUAAACCCAUUCUCAAUAGUGAAUGGAACUCUUCUUU